UGCAACGCAAUAUGCAGAAAUGAACUGAAUGAAGUUUCUUCUGGAGGCUUCCAGUGCGUCUGUCUUUGAGUAGGCCUUCGGUAGCCAUCCGUAGCCCAUGACAUUGGGGGAAGCCAGGUAUAAUAAAUCAUCAUUGAUCAAGAUGUCUUCAGCACCUGAGCCUCCAACAUUCAAAAGAGAAGCACCCAAAGGGAAAGACUUUGAAAGCCCAGGGCUUAGAGGGGUGCGCACAACAACCUUAUUUCGUGCUGUGAAUCCAGAGCUCUUCAUUA